GCGGAUGGUCCGAACAGCAAAAAAAAACUGCAUACAUGUACCGUGUGUUAGUGUGUGUGUUUUAAGGCAGAAAUACUGCUCUUGUGAUUUCAAUGUGAAAAUGUUGCAAAAUUGUUGACGUUGCAAGAAGUUGAAAGUGUGGAAGAAAAAAAGCAACGUAACCCGCAUCCAGAAAAACAAAAGGAAUACUAUUGAGUGCCGUCGGCAAAGUAUGCAAAUAUGGAUUUCCACAUACUGAUUGUUAUUGGUUGUGUGUUCAGCGCCUCGCUGUUGUCCUUCCUGUUCAUCAACAAGAUCUUCAGGCGCAAGACCUUUGAGGAGGUUGUGGCCGAGAAGCGGGCACUCAGUGCCAAUUUGUAUGCCCAGAACAAGAGUGGUGGGAAUUCGACAUCCCAGCGGAAGCCCAAGAAGAAGGAGCUGAAGCGGGAGAAGAAGCAACGUCAGCGGGAACAGCAGAAGGACAAUGCCAGCAACAAUGAUCAGGACGAGCAGGAUGAUUUCUCCGAUGGCCAUUCGGAGGUUGGACUCCUCGAUGAGGAGACCCCUCAACCGGGCUUGUCCAAGCAGCAUGUGGAAUUCGAGCCUGAUCCAGAGGUGAUGAACGAGCAGCCUCGUCGUCCCAGCAAUGCCGAGAAGGAGAAUCAGGUCAACAACAACAAUAAUAACAGCAACAAAAAGGGCAAAAAGGAUAAACGCAAUGGAUCUGGUCUCAAGGCAGCUGUGGGCAUUCUGAUCAACAAGAACGAGCCCAUUCCCGUUAAGCAGACGCCUGUGGAGGAGACUCCAGUGUUGAAUAACUUUGAUGUGCGUCCGCCCAAGGAUGUGGUCGAGCUGAAGAAGUUGGAGCAGAAGGAACGCAAGGAGGACAACAACAAACAGCAGGCACAGAAGAAAAAUGGAGGAGCUGCCAAGAAGGACAAACCAGCAGCUGCUGUAGCCCUGAUCAAUGCAGCCAUUGAACAGCCAGCGGAGGUGCCACAUGUGCCCAAGCAACAGGUGCAACAGGUCAAGCAGCAGCAGCAACAACAGAUGAGCGGCUCACCCAAGUUGCAGAACAGCAAUGUGAGCAACAAGGCCAAGCAACAGGUCAACAAGAAGCAGAAGGAGACUACGUUGGCAGCCAAGGAUCUUGUCCAGGCACUGGAUAAGCUCGCCGAGCAUCAGACCGUGGGUGUAUCUGCCCUAAUGAAUGUCUUUUCGCGUGCCGAGCUUAAUCGUUCCGAGAUCCAAAUACUCAUUGAUUAUCUGUUGAACAAACAACAGGAUAUGCCCGCGAAUCAUGGAGAUUGGUCGGAUGACAUAUGCCAGAAGCUGAAGCGUCAGUUGGAGGAGAAGGAGAAGCAGCUGGCCGAGGAGCAGGAGGCAUCGAUUGGCAUUCAAGCCAAGUUGCGUGAACUGCGCCAGGAGAUCAACACGGAGCGUGCCCAGAUGCAGAGUCGCAGUCAGCAAUACAAUGAUAAGCUGAUGGGUAAAGAUCAGGAGCUGGCAGCUCUCAAUCAGGAGUUGGCCAGUGCCAAUGAUAAGCUAACACUGGAGCGCCAACAGUUCCAGGCAAAGCUUCUGCGCGAGAAGCAGGCCAGCUCACAGGAUCUGUUGCCGCAGCUGCAACGCCUGCAGCAGGACAUCGCACACAAGGAGAAGGUCAUUGCGGAUAUGACCAGCUUUGUGAACGCGGAGGCUCAGCAGAAGAACGAACUCAUGCAGCAGCAGGCUCAGCAAAUACUCACGCUGGAGCAGCAGCGAGAUGAGCUGGAAGCUCGCCUCAAUAACAGUGUCUUUGAGCUGGAGCAGCGCAAGCAGCUGGAAACGGAGAAUACCGAACUGCAAGUGGAGCUGCGUAACCUGAGCCAUGCCCUCGAAUCGGCCAAGGCCGAACUGGCGCAAUCCCAGGCCGAUCUGUCGCGCGUCUGCAGCACCGAACUGCCAGAGUUGCGUCAACAGACGGCGGCACUGGAAGCCAGCAAUGUUACCCUCAACCAGCAGCUGAACCAGGCCAACAGUCAUGCUGUCCAAGCCACCGCACAGCAAUCGGAGCAGGCCCAAGCCCAAUCCGAGGCUCUCCUCGCACUCCAGACAGAGCUGCGUACGCUCAACGACGCCCAGGCCACACAGAAGCAGCAAAACACCAGUCUGCAGUCCCAGCUCGUCGAGGCACAACAACACUCCAAGCAGCUUCAGGACAAGGAGCAGCAGCUGCAACAGGAGCUGCAAGAGCAGCGCGAGAAGAAUAAUGACGUUCGUAUGAAAAAUUGGAAGUUGAUUGAAGCGUUGCAAAAUGCCGAAGCAACCGCCAGAACCACAACAACAACAACAGCAAAGACGAAAACAAAUAUAGCGCAAAGUUUAGGCCAACAACAGAAACAGCUGCAGGAACAGCAGCAGCAACAGCAGCAGUUGCAGUUGCAACAACAGCAACAGAAAAAGGCAGCUGCCGCAAAUGGUGGCGAGUUGUCCGCUGCGGUUGCAGGUGGCAGCUCUGGAAAGGUUGAACAACAGCGCAUACGUGAGCUGUACCAGCGUUUGUAUCCGGAAGCUGUUAAGGCGCAUGCGGCCACCGCACUCAAUGCCUCCUUUGAUGAGUGGCUGGAACAGGUGCUCGUCACACACAUGAAGCAGCAGCAGCAGAAGCAACAGCAGUUGGCGGCGCAGAGCAGUAGUAAUAAGUCCACACAAUCAAACAGCAGCAACAACAGCAGUAGUAGCAGCAGCGAUCACAAUAAUACCCACAACAAUAUUAGUAGGAAUAAUAGUAAUUCGAAUAGCAAAUCCUCCGUUAGUGCUGCCGAGCAGCAUGAGUUGCAUACACAAAACCUAAAGCUGCGCAAGCGCAAUGAUGAACUAACGCAGCUGGUCACAAAGACGAGCAACACAUUGGUUGACUUGGAGCAGCGGGCACGGGAGCAGGAUGAUCACUGGCGUGGCAUUGUUAGCCAAAAGGAGCAGCUUAUAUCUCAGCUGCAACAGCAUGCCUCAAAUGGUGAACAGGACAUUUAAUGUCGCUGCAAUGAGAGAUUGUCACCCUCAUAAUAAUAAUAAUAAUAGUACAUCAGAACCACAACGAUAAUUGACAACAAUCACAGCGUUUGUCGAACUUCCACAGUAAUGAAAA